UGGGGGCGUGGCCUCCGCUGACCAUGGCGGGCGAUCUUGAGAGCUCCAAGGCCCUGAGCGGGCUGCUGAGCGGCCUGGCCCAGGACGCUUUCCACGGGCACCCGGGCAUCACCGAGGAGCUGCUGCGGAGCCAGCUCUAUCCGGAGGUGCCGCCUGAGGAGUUCCGCCCCUUUUUGGCGAAGAUGAGGGGGAUUCUUAAGUCUAUUGCAUCUGCAGACAUGGAUUUCAACCAGCUGGAGGCAUUCCUGACUGCUCAAACCAAAAAGCAAGGUGGGAUCGCAUCUGACCAAGCUGCUGUCAUUUCCAAAUUCUGGAAGAGCCAUAAGACAAAAAUCCGAGAGAGCCUCAUGAACCAAAGUCGCUGGGACAGUGGGCUUCGGGGCUUGAGCUGGAGAGUUGAUGGCAAAUCGCAGUCAAGGCACUCAGCUCAGAUACACACUCCUGUUGCCAUAGUGGAGCUGGAAAUAGGGAAAAGUGGACAGGAAUCCGAAUUUCUGUGUUUGGAAUUUGAUGAGGUCAAGGUCAACCAAGUCCUGAAGAAGCUCUCAGAGGUAGAAGAAUGUAUCAGCACCCUGAUGCAGCCAGCCUAGCUGAUGAUGGAGUUGCUGAAGCAAAGGUGUUCAUGAUCUCUCCCCAGGAACCUGUUUAAAAAAAAAAAUUUGUUCCCCCAAUAGUAUUAAAUCCUGAAAUUCCAA